UCCCAGGUCUUGUGCGCCAUUUUGCACAUCAUUGUGAUAGCAUGCUUAAUUUUGUCCUCCACUUUACAAUGCGGACGGUUAAAUGUUCUAAUAAGAAACCUAAUAAUAUUGGUCCAUUACAUGACAAAUCUUGUGAUUUCAAAAUUAAAUGCUUGUUCCCUGUAAAUUCAAGACAUUGCCAAAGAAUCAACUCAUAGGGAAAAUUGCUAACGCAGAAUGUCAGUGAAUCAUUUAUUUGGAAACAAGAAGAGAAACAGCUCUCUAUUAUAUGGUGUGGAUCAGACAAGAGUUACUGCUUCAUUUUCGUCUCUCCAGAGAGCUACAAGCCAAAGUAACACUGGAAACCAUGAUGUUGGCUUUCCACCAAAUAAGCGUUAUAAAACUCUUGCUACAACUGGACCUAAAGAAGCUGAAGAUCCAUUUGGGGACUGUGAUGAUUUUACUGCAGAGGACUUGGAGGAGAUAGAUAUUAUUGCUACCCAGGCAUUGACUCAAAAUGUGACUUUAAAACCAAAUGCAUCAAGAGCAGAGCAAAAUACAGAACUGCCUUCACUGCCAAAAAGUACAAUCGAUACAACAGAUCAUAUCAAGCAAUGGAAUAUCAGCCUCACAACAGAGACAAAAUCUAAAGGAAAUAGUACAGAAGAAACAUCAUCUAACAAAUUUAAGCUUGAAAUACUUCAAGAACAAUAUGAGGAAGCUAAGAAAAAGCUGAAGACAAUGCAAGAUGAAAUCCUCAUAAAAAAUGGAGAAAUUAAAAUUUUACGAGACUCAAUGCAGAAGAUGGAAUCUGUUGUGGAAGAACAGCGGAAAUCAUAUGUGGUACUGGAAAAUGAAAAAGCUCAGACAUUAAAUGAAAAAGAAAAAGAGUUCUGCAAAAAGUUACAGUCUCUGCAGUCUGAACUACAGUUCAGAGAUGCUGAAAUGAAUGAGCUGAGAAUAAAGCUUUUGAACUGUGAAAGAAUUAAACCUAUUACAACUUCAGUUUCAUAUACCAGUCCUAAGAAGAGUCCUCCGAAGAUUGUAAAAAAUGAAGGAUGUAUUCAGAAUGAAAAAAAAGGUUAUCCCACAAAGUAUUCUUUUGGUUCUCAAAUAUCACCUAAAGCAUCCCAUUCUAAAUCACAGUUGCAAGGCCAAACUCCUUUGUUUAAUAAGGACAGUAAGAUGCCUGAACUUGAAGCUGAGCCUGUGAAGCAAGAAAUUAGUUAUGUCUGUACUCAAAGACAAGGUUCCAUUUUGAUAAACACACUGAUGAAGCAACCUAUUGUUCCAGAAUCAUCACUGGGUCUCUGCUACCUUCUUAGCCAUAAUUUUGAAUUUCAUCCUGAUACCACCAUGCAGCCCGAUUCUUCCAAUACAGGCUCUAUAAGAAGCUCCAGUGACAGAACUGAAAAUUCUCAAGAAGAAGAGUCUUCACUAAGAAUUGCUCAAAAACUUGCCUUAACUGGAUUAAAUUUAAUUGCUGUGGAUGAAGGUUCACUGGAAGAAAGCUCAGAUGAAAGCAGGAGACAAAUAUCUCACCCAAAGCGCUAUAAAAUUGCUGGAGCAGUGCAUCUUCUUCCUCUCUUGGACCAUCACAUUAGUGCAUACCACCAAGCCCUCUCGUUAAUGACAAAGACUGGAAACACCUCUUCUGGAAACCAAUCUGCUUGUUCCUCCAGAAGUUCCUCAAGUAGAACAUCAGCUAUAGAUGAUACCUUACUUACUCUGGAAGAGUUAGCACUUGUGUCUCUUGGCAUCCUUUAUUAUUUGGUAUUUUAUAGCUGGGAUGUUAUUUACACACUGCUCUCCCAUAAUAUGAAACCAGAUUCCAGUUUGGAAUGUGCAGAAAUGCAAGAAAAGGACAAAAGUGUCACUUGCAGUAAGCAGCUUAGAGCCAAUCCCCAGGAACCCAACACAGAACUAGGUGUUUCAAAUGCUGACCAGUCCCAACAUCCUUUGUUUAAAAAGCUACUGCAGCUCAUGGCUUCAUGUGCCACAUCAGCAGGGCGCCAGAGACAUGGCAUAAUGAAUCAGUGCCUGAGAGUUUUGGUGAAGUUGGCAGAAAGAUCGACGUCUGACUUAUUAUUAAGCUUCCAGCAUUUGUUGCAUAGCCAAACACAGACUUUUCUCCGCUGCAUAUCUCCUGAAACCCCCUUGUUUGCUGUCCAUCUAACAGUUAAGCUGUUAACAUUACUUGCUGAACACCAGGAGCUUGCUGGUCAGUUUUGUUCAAGUUCAGUGUUUUGUAAAAUUGUUUUUACAGAAACCUGUCUACUUUUGGCACUCUACAUGUAUAUCACGUCAAGACCAGAUAAAUCGGCAUCUGAGAUGCUUUGGCUACAGUUAGAACAAGAGACGGUUCGCUUCCUGACCAAGUGUGUGCAGUGUUGUAAUCUCUCUGUAUUACUUGUUGGAACGGAAUGCCAGUGCAACUCGGAGGUAGUGAAGGCUCUGAUUGUAAUGUUACAUAGACAGUGGCUGACAGUCAGAAAGGUGGAAGGAAACUUGUUCGAUGUGCAUGGAAAGCAAGUCAUUCAGUUUUUACGGGGCACUGUUUUACUCUUGCACAGCCUGUCUCAAAAGGAUAAACUCUUCCAUGAACAUUGCCUAGAAGUGCUCCAUCAGUAUGAUCAUGUCAUGCCUGGUGUCAGGGCAAUCCUCCGAAAAGCUGGAAGGCUGAAAGCCUGUGAAGAACUUGCAUUGGAUGAACUGUAUCCUUUGGAAGCAGAAGUUGAUGAUCAAGAAAUGGAAUGCAACUAAUCUCAACUAAACAUUGGACUGAUUAACUUUCGGAAAAGGCUGACUUUGCAACCUAACUGAAUACAAGGCUCAUAAACGUACAAUAUAAAAAAAAUGUACAAUUGGCCAAAGAUCAGUUAUCAGAAACUAUCACAGUUGAAAUAGUAUUUUUUUACUGUUUUAUUAGAUGAAUGUCCCAGUGUAAUGUAGAAUAUUAAAGCACUGAUAUCUGAAGAAUGUGAUAUUAAAAAUUACGUAUGUAAAAUAUUAUUGGACUUUGUGUAAUUUGAUCUCUUUAAAUAUUUGCCAUACUUUAUUAUUUAAUAGAGAUCAUAUUUUUUAACUGCAUAGGUGUUUUGUUUUUUAGAAAAUAUUAGUCUGACCGUAAUCAUAUCCUCACUUAACUGGGAAUAAAUCACUUUGAAGUCAGUAAAAUUCA